AUGCUCGCCCAGAGAAGGCGCGCAGGGAAGGACGAAGGGAGGCUGGGGGGGGGGGGGGGGGGGGGUGGGGGGGGGGGGGGGGGGGGGGGGGGGGGGGGGGGGGGGGGGGGGGGGGGGGGGGGGGGGGGGGGGGGGGGGGGGGGGGGGGGGGGGGGGGGGGGGGAGUGGGGGGGGGGGGUGGGGGGGGAGGGGGGGGGGGGGGAGGGGGGGGGGGGGGGAGGGGGGGGGUGGGGGAGGGAGGGGGGGGGGGGGGGGGGGGGGGUGGGGGGAGGGGGGGGGGGGGGGGCGGGGGGGGGGAGGGGGGGGGGGGCGGAGGAGGGGGGGGGGGGGGGGGGAGGGGGGGGGGGGGGGGGGGGGGGGGGGGGGGGGGGGGAGGGGGGGGUGGGGUGGGAGGGGGGGGGCGGGGGCGGGGGGGGCGGGGGGGGGGGGGGGUGGGGGGUGGGGGGUGGGGAGGGCGGGGGGGGGCGGGGGGGGGGGGGGUGGGGGGGGGGGGGGGGGGUGGAGGGGGGGGGCCGCGGGGGUGGGGGGGGGGUGGGGGGGGGGGGGGAGGGUGGGGGGGGGGGGGGGGGGGGGGGAUGGGCGGGGGGGGGGGAGGGGGGGGGGGGGAGGGGGGGGGGGGGGGGGGGAGGGGGCGGGGGGGGGGAGGGGGUGGGGGCGGGGGGGGGGGGGGGGGGGGGGCGGGGGGGCGGGGGAGGAGGGGGGGAGGGCGGGGGGUGGGGGAGGGGGGGGGGGAGGGGGGGGGGGGGGGGCGGGGGGGGGGGGAGGGGGCUGGGGGGGGGGGGGGGGGGGGGGGGGAGGGGGGGGGAGGGGGGGGAGGGGGGCGGGGGGGGGAGGGGGGGGGCCGGGGGGGGGGGGGGGGGGGGGGGGGUCGGGGCGGGGGGGAGGGGGGGGGGGGGGGGGGGGGGGGGGGGGGGGGGGGGGGGCGGGGGGGAGGGGGGGGAGGGGGGGGGGGGGGGGGGGGGGGGGGGGGGGGGGGGGGGGGGGGGGGGAGGGGGGGGGGGGGGGCGGGGGGGGGGGGAGGGGGGGGGGGGGGGGGGGGGGCGGGGGGGUGGGGGGGGGGGGGGCGGGUGGGGGGGGGGGGGAGGGGGGGGGGGGGGGGGGGGGGGGGGUGGGGGGGGGGGGGGGGGGGGGGGGGAGGGCGGGCGGGGGGGGGGGGGGGGGGGGGGGGGGGGGAGGGGGGGGGGUGGGGGGGGGGGGGGGGGGGGGGGCGUGGGGGGAGGGGGGGGGGGGGGGAGGGGGGGGGGGGGGGGGGGGGCUCGGGGGGGGGUGGGGGGGGGGGGGGGAGGGGGGGGGGGGGGAGGGGGGGGGCGGGGGGGGGGGGGGGGGAGGGGGGGGGGGGGGAGGGGGGGGGGGAGGGGGGGGGGGGGCGGGGGGGGGGGGGGGGGGGCGGGGGAGGGGGAGGGGGGGGGCGCGGGGAGGGGGGGGGGGGGGGGGCGGGGGGGGGGGGGGGGGGGAGGGGGGAGGGGGGGGGGGGGGGGGGGGGGGGGGAAGAGGGGGGGGGACGGGGGGGGGGGGGGUGGGGGGGGCGGGGGGGGGGGGCGGGAGGGGGGGGGGGGGGGGGGGGGGGGGGGGGUGGGGGGGGGGGGGGAGGGGGGGGGGGGUGGGGGGGGGGAGGGGGAGGGGGGGGGGGCGGGGAGGGGGGGGGGGGAGGGGGGGGAGGGAGGGGGGGGGGGAGGGGGGGGGGGGACGGGAGAGACGGGGGAGGGGGGGGGUGGCGCCGUUCGGGGGGGAGCUGUGGGACCAAGGAGGGCGAUAGGGACGGCGGUCGGCAGGGCGCCGUGGCGGGGCUGGGAGGAGCAGCAAGGAGGGGUGGAAGGGGGGCUGCGGCGCGGGGGUACGGAAGGCCGGGGGCCGCUGUCGGGGGCCGAGUGGCUGGUGGACGGGGUUGGCGGGGAGGGGGUGGGGGGGGACCUGCUUCGGAGGGGGACCUGGGGGGGACAGGGAGGCGCGGGGGGAUGUGGGGGCGGAGGGGGAGAGGGGAUGGAGAAGAGGGGGGGGGGCGGGUGGGGAGGGCGGCCGCUGUGGAAAGCGGUGGGGUGGAGACGGGAGUGGGGGGGGGGGGCAAUCCUAGAACAAGGGAGAGGAGGAGCCCGCGCCGGUAGCAGGCCGGCGCGCUGUGCGGGCACACCGCGAACGAUUGAGGUGCUAGGGGAGCCCUUGGACUCGGGGAGCUAG